AAAAGAUGGGAGAUACUGUGCGCUUGUGCGAGUGACGGUAACGGUCAGGCGCGCGGUGAUAGCACUGCGCAUGUGUCAGCUGUUACUAGGAUGCAAGCUUCAUGCAGCAGGGGCAGAAGAUGGGCUUUCGAGAAGGUUUGUCGAUUACGGUCUGAUAAUACCGCUCAGCACCGAUGGUCAGGGUCGCUACAUAUCGCACAUUGUAUCGGCUACCGACACAAAGUUACGUUCUGGUCGUCGAUUUGCACGGAGCACCCGAUAUCAGGAGAGCGGAGACGCCGAUUUGUACUUCAAUGUCACGGUUUUUGGGAAGGAGUUGCACUUACGCUUGAAGCACAACGCCAGACUGGUUGCUCCCAGGGCCGAAGUUGAGUGGCAGGAGGAUUUCAGGGACCUCUUCACUGAACCCAUCCACCGAAACUGUGUAUUUUCUGGGGAUAUUACCGACAUGCCAGGGGCCACCGUGGCGAUCAGCAAUUGCGAUGGGUUGGCUGGAUUGAUUCGUGCAGACACUGGCGAGUUUUUCAUUGAGCCAUUGGAAAAAGGGCAGCAGGCACAGGAAGAAAAAGGUCGUAUUCAUGUGGUGUAUCGUAGACCCUCUAUCAAGCAAGCAGUAUCACAAGACCUACAUGUUGAAGCCCCAAAGUUUGCUGUUGGCGACCUUGCAAACUCUCUAGACAUCAUUGAGGGGAAGCUAAGUCAUCCAGUACGAAAAAGAAGACAUGCAAAGAAAGAUGAUUACAGCAUAGAAGUUCUCUUGGCUGUGGAUGAUUCGGUUGUUCGCUUCCAUGGAAAAGAGCAUGUGCAGAACUAUGUUCUGACACUAAUGAAUAUUGUUGAUGAAAUCUACCAUGAUGAAUCAUUGGGCACCCACAUCAACAUCGUUUUGGUCAGAAUGAUCAUGAUAGGCUACAGACAGUCCAUUAGCUUAAUAGAGCGUGGGAAUCCUUCACGAAGUUUAGAACAAGUUUGCCGAUGGGCUCACACUCAACAGCGGUCUGAUCCAGGACACUCCGAAUAUCACGACCAUGCUAUAUUCCUUACCAGGCAAGAUUUUGGUCCUGCAGGUAUGCAAGGUUAUGCUCCAGUGACAGGCAUGUGCCAUCCACUCCGAAGCUGUACACUCAACCAUGAAGAUGGAUUUUCCUCUGCAUUUGUGGUAGCCCAUGAAACUGGUCACGUUUUAGGGAUGGAGCAUGAUGGGCAAGGUAAUCGCUGUGCUGACGAAACAAGUAUGGGCAGCAUCAUGGCCCCCCUUGUACAGGCUGCGUUCCAUCGCUAUCAUUGGUCUCGCUGCAGCAAGCAGGAACUCAGUCGAUACAUACAUUCCUAUGACUGCCUGCUGGAUGACCCAUUCGAACAUAAGUGGCCAAAGUUACCAGAACUGCCAGGAAUUGACUACUCCAUGGAUGAGCAGUGUCGGUUUGAUUUUGGAAUUGGAUACAAAAUGUGUACAGCUUUCCGAACGUUUGAUCCGUGCAAACAGUUAUGGUGUAGCCAUCCUGAUAACCCCUACUUCUGCAAAACUAAGAAGGGCCCACCACUCGAUGGAACAGAGUGUGCAUCUGGAAAGUGGUGUUUUAAGGGUCACUGUAUUUGGAAGACUUCAGAUCAGUUAUACAGUCAGGAUGGAAGCUGGAGUUCCUGGACAAGGUUUGGAUCAUGCUCGAGAACCUGUGGUGGGGGAGUGCGUUUCCGCAGCCGACAGUGCAGCAAUCCUCCUCCUGCGUACGGUGGCCGGGAGUGUCCUGGUCCCAGUUUUGAAUACAAAGUCUGCAAUUCUGAAGAUUGCUCAGGGCCCUAUGAAGAUUUCCGGGCUCAGCAGUGUCAGCAAAGAAACUCCUAUUAUCUUUACCAGAAUGUCAAGCAUACUUGGCUCCCUUAUGAGCAUCAAGAUGAGGCUCAAAGAUGUGAAUUAAUCUGUCAGUCCAAGGAAACGGGAGAUGUGGUGUUCAUGAAUCAGGUUGUCCAUGACGGUACACGUUGCAGUUAUAAAGAUCCCUUCAGUGUUUGUGCUCGAGGGGAAUGUGUGCUUGUGGGCUGUGACAAGGAAGUUGGUUCCUUUAAGCAAGAAGAUAAAUGUGGUGUCUGUGGUGGUGACAAUGCACAUUGUCGAACAGUGAAAGGGACCAUUACCAAGACUCCUAAACGAACAGGGAUGUUCAAAAUGUUUGAGUUGCCUGCUGGAGCUCGGCAUAUUCAGAUUGAAGAAACUGAACCUUCUACAAAUCUAAUUGCUGUGAAGAAUCAAGCAACUGGUAAUUUUAUUCUCAAUGCCAAAGGUGAAAGUUCAAAGCCAAAGAUGUUUUUAGGAAUGGGUCUGGAGUGGGAAUAUUCCAUAGAGAAUGACAAGGAAACCCUUAAAUCCAGUGGCCCACUGCACAACAACAUCAUUGUUUUUAUUAGUCCCCAAGAUGAAGACGUUAAAUCAAAUUUAAUGUACAAGUAUGUUAUUCAUGAAGACCUACUUCCUGUGAUCGGCAACAAUGAUGUACUCCUGGAAGAGACGGAAAGUUAUGAGUGGGCCUUAAAAAGCUGGUCCCAGUGUUCGAAAGCCUGUGGAGGAGGAAUACAGUACACAAAAUAUGGCUGCCGACGAAAAAGUGACAGCAAGAUGGUGCAUCGGAAUUUCUGUGAUAACAAUAAGAAGCCAAAGCCGAUAAGGAGACGUUGUAACCUUCAUGAGUGCACACAACCAUCGUGGUUAACAGAAGAAUGGGGAGCUUGCAGUAAAACUUGUGGAAAACUAGGAUACCAAACAAGGGUUGUACAGUGUGUCCAGUCUCUCAUUGCUGGAGCCAAUAAAACAGUGCACACCAAAUACUGUGUUGGAGACCGUCCCGACACUCGGAGACCAUGCAACCGUACACCGUGUCCAGCACAGUGGCGGACAGGAGCUUGGUCUCAGUGCUCGGUGACCUGCGGCGAGGGUAUCCAGCAACGGCAAGUCGUGUGUCGAGGCAGUGAUAACAGCAUCAGCCAUUGCAAACAGGAAAAGCCUGAAGUGGUGAAAAUGUGCACAGUGAAGCCAUGUAAUGCUCAUUUAGGAAAGUCCUCUGUUUUCACUCCGAGCACAGAAACCAUUGAUCAAGUGACUGCACGGGGCCACUGGGUGUCUCAACUCGUUCCAGAGAAGCCGGUUCAUAAAAUCUCAACAAAGGAGCCAUGCCUUGGAGAUAAAUCAAUUUUUUGUCAGAUGGAAGUUUUGGCUCGAUAUUGUUCUAUUCCUGGUUAUAAUAAGUUGUGCUGUGAAUCCUGCAAUAAACAGGACCCAACAUUGCCGCCUCCUUUUUCACAGGCCGCCUCAGACAUUGAAGCUGCUGAGGAUACAAUCCAUUCCAGCCCUAUGCCAGAAACAGUAACGCAACCAGCCCCCAAUGACCAUUAUCUGACUGUCCGAUGCACGACUAUAAGAAAGGUCGACAGUUCACCUUCACCUCUUCCUUCCGUUGAUAGCACCAGUGACAGUGGCCUUUCGUCAACCAAAGUCUUUACAGCAGAGUCGCAGGGAACUAGCGACAGUUUCACCACACUAAACACCCGCACGUUUGCAAGCACAUUUAUGUUGCCUCCUGCUGAACAGGCAACACAGCACAGCAACAUGGGUGUGUUUGACUCCCCUACUACUAUGUUUAUGAACAGGGAGAAGACUUUGCCUGUUACGACCAGUAGGAGUGACACAUGGAGUCCAGCAGCUGCAAGUAGUCCAAGAAGGGGUACCAGUGAAUCAGAAGCAGACUUGACCCACAGUAUCUCCCCCAUUGUGACAUGAAUUGCCAGCUGAUGCUGUCCUUUAAACUGAACUGCAGUUUUGCAAUAGCCUCUCACUGGAACCAUAUAUCCUUAAUAACUGCUUAAUACUCUCGCUUCUGUCCAUUGCAGCUUCCAGCUACAGGUAAAUGUGUGUCCUAGUCUACUGGUUUUACAUCAUGUCCACUUGAGACAGUAAUGAUUAUACAUGCAAGUACUGUAACAGAUAACAGCAGCCACAUCUACUGUAUGGCAAAGAUCAGUGUAUUCAGAUACAAUAUGGUGCUAGCUCAACCUGAAUGAACCUCAGUGAAUGAAUGAAUCUCAAAUUUGCAUUGAAAAGUUUAGUCCUAAUAAAACUAUUUUUCCUCUGACACCUAAAUAGAUCUCUUACCUAGUUGUCCAAGACAUGAUGCAUGUAGCUUCUCAAGCCUCCUGGUACCAUACAAUGUGUUGGUUUAACCAGUUUAAACAUUGUCUUGAGAACAUUUUCAGUAUUGUCGUGGUAAUUAAAUGAUAUACAAUAUUUACAUUCAUGAUGUAUAUAAUGUAAAUGUCAGCAUCCUCAAAGGUAAUACAUUUAGAUGUCUUAAUGUAGUUGCCUUGCUUGUACAAACCUGCUUUAAGGUGCUUUUCAGCACCUCAUUCAUUACAGAGUACAUAUGUUAACAUAAUUCUUUUUGCAGUUUGUAUAGUUCCUGUACAUAAAUAAAUAAGAGCUUUUAAUUUUAAUAUUUAUUGAAUUGGAAAAAAAAAUUUCAGUUUUGCAUUGUUGAAAGAAAUUAUUACCCAUGGCCUCCGUGUCUAGUCAUUUGUGUCUUCAGUUUUUUUUUGAGUUGAACAGCGUCUAAAGCAGUGCAAUGUAAUUUAUAAAACUAUUGAACUUGGCCAGUACAAAGCAUAUGUCCACUCUACAGUCGAUGCAUUCUCAUUCAAAAAUGUAGAAGUGAAUUUUUUUUUAUAGAUGACAUCUUUAAACGAUAUUUUUUAGUUGUUUUAAAAUUCUUAUAUGUAAAAUAAAAUAAACAGGGAAUGUAAGAUCUUGUGCGUUAUUGUAGAAGCUUUAAAUGUCAAGCCUGAUAAAGUGCAAUGGCUGAGGAAUGACUGUGAAACUAGUGCUGUCUAUCAUGAGCCUGUGAACAGUUUUUUAAUUCAUCUCUUCAUGUGGCCUCAUGUAAAACCAUUGUCUUGGAUUGCUUUGAUGAAACCCAAAACAAAUUGAAUUUGCAAAGAUUUACAUGAAAAUGGAAAGAACUGCGAAUGCUGUAAAUCAGAAACAAAAACAGAAAUAACUGGAAAAGGUUUGGCAGCAUCUGUCGAAUAUCCCGAGAUGUUAACUCUAGCUUUCUCUCCACAGAUGCUUCAGAUUGCUGAGCUUUUCCAUCAUUUUUUGCUUUUGUUGCAAAGAUGUACAUUUGCUGCCAUGCUUGACUUUUAAACCAGCACUGGCUGUUUCAUGGAUGUAUGCAGGUCAUUAAGUUUAUAAAAACCCUUUGGUGCUGAGGUAUGAAACAUUUCAUUUUAAGAAAUUGAGUAUAGUUAAAAGGAAUCAGUAUUCACGGUACUUAAUGUGGUGAUCGACUCUUCCACUCAGUCCAAAUAUUUAAGUAAUGAUUAUAUUGUUGUACAUUGCAUUUGUUUUAAAACUAAUCCCUAAUAUGCAGACAUGGUAGGUCCUUAAAGUAUGUAU